AGGAUAGAUAACCAAAAUUUUCAUGUUGAUUUGGUACAUUAAGAAAAGUCUAGAUAAAUGGAUUUCCUUGAUAAUUAUGACCAUCAAAUAUCGGGAGUUUUUUAUUUUCCAAGAAGUAUUCCAACUAAGGAAGCUGAAGAAAUAAAUUGCCAUAUUCUUGGAGGUUGUCUCUGCCUGUCAGAAUGCAAAGAAGAUACAAACUGCUCUUGUGUAAAGCGAAGUGGAACAAAUUAUGACUACGAAAACAUAUUAGAUACUGAGAAUUAUAUCAUUCAAGAUAACAAUAUUCGAAUACCUUCUUAUGAAUGCAACAGAAAUUGUACAUGCAAUAAUGUGAUUUGUGGGAAUAAAUUAGUUCAGUUUGGGCCUAGGAAAGGUUUAGUAGUGAGAGCAUGUGACAAUCAGAUCAAAGGAUUGGGUUUGUUCACUUUGAGGAAUUUAAAAGCUGGGAAUUUUGUGUGUGAAUAUGCAGGUGAGAUAAUAACAGAAAAUGAAGCUAAAAAAAGGUUUGAAGUUUACAAGGAACUCAAAAAAGUGAAUUAUAUUUUUUGCAUAAAUGAAACUUAUGGCACACGUAAACAAAAAACAUUCAUAGACCCAACCGUUUACGGAAAUAUAGGAAGGUAUAUCAACCAUAGCUGCAAUCCAAACUGCAAACUUGUAGUUAUUCGUGAAAAUGACAUGCUACCAACUUUAGGUAUUUUUGCAAAUCGAGACAUCAAUGAAAAUACUGAACUCACAUAUACUUAUGGUGAUUCAAAUGAUAACCAUGAAACAGAAGAACAAAGAAAACCAUGCUAUUGCAAUAGUACAAACUGCAACAAAUUCCUUCCAUUUGAGGCAGGUUUAACAUAAACUAACUUACCGCAGACUUAUAAAACUCAGUUAGAUCUGGAGAAGGAAAA